AUGCAGAAAAAGGCCGGGAGAGCGGCGUCCAGCCACCUGUCCCGGCUGAAGCCCGUCGAAAUCGAUCCGCUUGCGGAAUACGGCCUUCCCUCCAAGGGAGAGAAGAGGCUACUAUCUCUAAAAACACAGGAAAACUACUACUCCAAGAUUGCCGAGAAAUACCUUGCCUUCUGCACAAAUGCCGGCGAUAGGGACGGGUUGCAGAGGCAGUUUGCGCUUCUGACUCUGAGCGAUCCUAAUGGGCUACCGUCACCGCCGCCCGAUGCCAAGGCCGCGGACCUCUCCCAAAUCUUGAGCGCGCUGAGGAAGCUUCGUGAGGGCAUUGUGGCUUCGAAGCGGAGGGACGACUUCGCCGCCCAGGUCUAUCUCUUUGCCAUACGUCUAGGCAUACUUUCGCACUCGCCCGAGACGUACCAUCCCUCCCUCCUUUACCUGCUCAGAGUCAUACAUCCAGCGCGCAACCUGACUAGUGUUGAGCUACAAGAGGUUGCUGGUUACCUCGUUCUCGAUGCAGCCUGCAGGAGGGGCAACGUUGCCGAGGCAUAUGCUCUGCGCAACAAGUACCGCCUUCACGAUGCCAAGGUUGACGGCGUGCUCCGCGCUCUUGCCCAGGAUAAUUGGGUCUUGUGGCGGAAAAUCAAGAGAAGCAUAGACGGCCACAGGUCGAGGCUAAUGGAGUUUGCUGAACCACAACUAAAGGCCCACAUUUUGAAGGCCUUUGCCAGGUCCUACCUAUCUGUUUCGCUCGAAUUUCUAGAGACACAGGCCUUGGCCUCAUGGUCCGAGCUAACUGGCCAGUACGGUGUAGGUUGGGAGCUUAGCGACGGACGUGUUGUCAUCCGGAAGAUCCACGGCCGGGCAUAG